AUGACCGAAAUCCCUCGGAGCACGCUCAACAUCACCCCUCACAUCUUCCUCCGUAUGGCUAUCCUCGCUUGGGGCUUUGUCUGGCUCAUGAUGAGCGUCCUCAUCUUUGUCGCCGGACGCUUCAUCCCUCGACUCCAGUCCAAACCCCCACCCCCUGCCCCCAUGCCGCGCUUGUCGCGCGUUCCUAGCGCUCCGGUGUCUCCCGUCGUAUCACCGCCGACGUCUAUCGCCUCAGAACCUGAUGAAGCCGUCUCGUGCGAGACCUCAUUCGGUGGCCCGGCUCAGUCAGUCACUGAUACCGUACAGCCCGGUACGCCACCGAAGAAAGCUCCAUCGAAGAGGAAAUGGUCGCUACCCACGCGUUUCUUCGGCCGCUCGGCCCCCAGCCCCAAGUCCUCUUUGUUCUCGGAAGGGUCAGCGACAUUGGUGGGCAGUCCCUCACCCACACGCUUCUUUCCUGAGCUACCGCUCGUUGAAAGCGGUUCACCAUCUUCCGAGCUUGGAUCCGUGCUAGAUCUCCCAGGUUCCUCUACCUCUACGCCGGCGUCGACACCUCACACUGGUCGCGGAAUGCGCCUUCCAGGGGCGAAGGCACUGAAGUCGCUCUCCCGGAAACUAUCGACGAAGAAGCCGGGCAAUGUCCGGAAUAGCAGUCAUAGUCCGGGGGCGUCGGUGGAAACGCUUCCUUCGACGGAGGGGUCCUUCGAUUAUGCCGAAGAUGACACUCGCAGGAAUACCCGGGACGGCACAAUGCAGUCUCCUAAACAGGUUCGCCCGGGCCACCUUGCGCACCAGCGUCAGUAUUCCCUUCCAGGAGAGAUGUUUUCCUCAACCUUCGUCAACCCGUUCCGGUCGAAGGCUCGCAAGUCAAAAGCGCCAGCUGCUAUAGACCUUUCCGAACCAAGCUCUUCAUCUCCAAAACGGUCAACGCCGCGCAGGAUGCUGACGUCCUUCUCGCUCGCGCUGACGUCCUCGAGUCCCUGGACCCCCUCAGAACCCCACUCGCGGCGAUCGAGCGUGUCAUCCACGUCCACCGCUGUGUCUGCCCUAUCGGCUCCAUCGGUUCUUUCCCAUCCCUCCAGCCCUCCUCAAAGUGUGCCUCGCACACAGCCGUACUCCGCGCCAUACUUUGCUGCGAUGCCGCGCUCAUCACGAUCCCCGCACAAGGACCACCGUGCGCGACCGCGCGCCUCGUCAAUGUCUCCGCCACGAAGACCAGAAACGGUCGCGGAGGAGAGCGCGGAGGAGCCGAUCACGGAGUCGGAACCAGGGCACGAGCAGGGCGAGCAGCUUAGCCCUCUCGGACUGAAGUUGGGUCAAUUGGGUCACGGGCGGCCUCGAUGGCAGCAGAAGGAGAGUAGGCAGCGCGUCGCGGUGAGCGAGGGUGCGAUCCGGGUGGGUUCGGCACCGGAGGAGAAGAGGUAG